GUUCUGCCUCUACCCCGAGCUAUCCGAGGACCUGGUGGGCACACACCCGCCCGGGGCACACAGUCUGGUGCCAUGGGGGAGCCCGGGGGACGGGAAGACUCCGGGCAGGUUCUGCCUCUACCCCGAGCUAUCCGAGGACCUGGUGGGCACACACCCGCCCGGGGCACACAGUCUGGUCGCCAUAUCCGUAGGUUAUUUCCUUGAAGACUUUGUGGACAUGUUGUGCAAUCAGAAACUCCACCAGUCCUGGGAGCUGCUCUUCCAUCACUCUGUGGUGAUCAUCUGCUUUGGUAUUGCGGUGGUGCUCCACCAGUACGUGGGGUUUGCCCUGGUGGCUUUGCUGGUGGAGAUCAACUCCAUCUUCCUCCACCUCCGGCAGAUCCUGCUCAUGGCCAACCUGGCGCACACCACUUGUUACCGCCUCAACAGCAGCCUCAACCUGGGCACCUACGUGGUGUUCCGCAUCGCCACGCUGGCCUGGAUGGCUCGCUGGCUCUUCCUCAACAGGGAGAACGUGCCCCUGGCCACCUACGCCGUGGGCACGGCGGGCAUGGCAAUCAUGACCCCCAUGAACAUCGUCCUCUUCUACCGCCUGCUGCGCAGCGACUGCCUCAAGCCCGGCCGGGGGGUGCGGCGGGAGAAGGAGCAAUAG